AUGAUGCGCAGUGUUCUACGAGUUUACCUUGUGCUCUUCCUCAACCUGAAGGGUUUGAGAGCAGCAGGGCUUCUGAGGCAGCCCUGCCCAGCGGGUUAUGUACAGGUGGCCCCGGUGCACUUCGACUGUGCCAGGUCGGGGGCGGCCUUGGAAGCCAGAUAUCUUGCCCCGGCCGGGGAGACGAGCACUGUCUUUGUGCUGCCUUUGGGCAUCACGGACUUCGAGGUCUCCUUGCAGCCCGAAGUUCCUGGUAGUAAAGUGGAUUGGCUCGUCACGCUCGGAAACAAGCAGCUUGUCGGGCCGUCAGCCGGAGUGGUGGACGAUCAGAGGAGAUUCGGAAGUGAUGAGGGUCUGCAGAUCAACUUCUCCGGGAGCAAGGCAGAGACAGAGAAAGUUUCAUUCAAAGGGACCACUUUAGCACCUUUGACAUUCCAGGUGCGGAAUGGGGAUUUGUACCCACAGCUUCUGCAUCUUGUGUAUCGCUAUGCCAAGGUGGAAGACUGCAGCAGGGCAAAACUUACUGCCUGCAAGCAGUACGACACUUUUGCGGUGCAGCGGGCCGUGGUGGAUUGGAGUUCCUGGCUGCAGGACAAGUACAGGGGCAACCUGAACACGGCCUGGAAGGAGCUUGCUGGUCCCAUGCUGGAGGCCGGUCCCGACGGGGAAAUGGCCGUUCCUCGCUGCAAGUGGGACUACGUCUGGGGCUCCUGGCCCGGCUCCAAGGCCCAGGCCGUGUCUUCAGCCGAAGCCUUUGCCUAUGUCGGCAACGGAGCACCCUUGGUGACGAGGGCCACCUUCGAAGAGGCUUUCAGAUUGAGGGAGGUGCAGGAUUUGGCAAGGAGCUGCUCCAUAAAGUUAAAGCAGACCUUCGGUACUGCUGAAAGAGCUUGGCAAGAUCUGCAGUCGCAGUCCGGACAGGACCGCUUCGCUGAACAGUGCGCUGGCUCCAGUGGGAGGAUCAUGCAGACUCGGAAGUUCCUCUUCGGCGGCCAGGGUGACUUCAGCGAAGCUCAGUUUCGGCUCCUCUGGAACGAGCUGAGUCCCUGCCCAGCGAAGCACUACCGGAAGACACCGCUCCUCUUUUCCUGCAAGCCUGGCUCCGGGCGGGCGAGGUUAAUGGUCUCCAGCCGGCGAACGGAGAAGCUAGCGGAUAUUCCAGCAGGUAUCGUCAACCUGCGAAUUGCGGCCCGGGCGAAAGAGGAUGUUGAUCUCAUGCUCUUCGAUCCAGUUGCUCAAACUUGGAUCGUCAGGUGGCAGGGAGGCCUUCUGAACAAGAACAAGCGAACAGGGACCUAUGCCGGUGUGACUUUGAGCUUCAGCGGAGAUGCCGAUGCUGAAGAAGUCAUCGAGAUGAGGGGAACCUUGGACCGGCCGCUGAUAGUCGAGGUCAAUAACUUCGGUAAGACCGCCGCCACGAUCGACGUCUCGUCAUCCUGGGAGCGCAUCCAAGAAGACCAGUGCCCAACGGUACCGCCUGGAUGUGCAGCAUUCGAUGAGCACCGAACUCGUGUGGCCGCGAAGAAAUUCUCAGCCUGGUUGGCUUCGACCUACGAAACCGAGGAGAAGGCAUGGGAAGGUCUUCGUCCUUCCUCCGGAAGUCUUUCAGCUGCAGUUCCCUUCCAUGACUGGAAAGGACUCUGGCAAGCAUGGCCAUCCCACGGCCUGGGUGGAGUUCCAUGGCAGGAAGCCUUCCAUCUCGUCGACAGGGACAAAGACGGCGCUGUCUCCUCCCUGGAGUUCCGACGCAUUUUCCACCUCGGCACCUCCCAGGAGCUUGUUCGCAACAUGUUCCUCGAGGCGGCCGAGCAUUGUUCUUCGGAUGCCUCGGCGGAGUGCUGGCAGAAGGCCGCCCGAGCCGCCGGUGGACAGCAAGAAGGAAUCUCGCAGCGACAGUGGGAGCAGCUCAUGCAGAACUACGCUCUCCAAGGUGUGCUGCCAGGAGGUGAUCAGGCCUGCCAAAGGUGGCAGGAGAUGAGGGCGUACACCUUCAGACAUCGGGGGCAGCUUGACGACCAGUCCGCGCUCGGCAGUGCUGAGUCACUGGGCAUUGUCAUGGGCAGCUUUACACUGCUGGCCCGGAUAUGGGCAGGAGCGUUCGAGAGCUCACUGACCCAGGCUGCUUUCCGAACAUCGGUUGGCUCCGACCAGCCAGGCCUGUUCGCUGGAUUGCAAGGCGGGCAGCUGGCAUUCUCCUUUGGAGAUCAGAUGUCCGCCUGCAGAACUGAGUACAAGGUUCCUGCAGACACUUGGUUGGAAGUGGCGUGGAUCUACGAUGCAUCGAACGAGGAGCAACGGAUCUGGAUGAACGGCGAGGAGAUGAAGGCCUGUACGGGAGCAGCUCCCUUCCGCGGCUUCGGACAGCAGGUAGCAGCAGGCGAAUUGCAGUCAGCCAAAAGCCGGCUGCGGAGAUUGACGUCUCUCUUCGUGUUCCCCGAAGCUCUGGAGACAAAGGAUAUCGCUGCAAUCUUUUCGCAAGUUCCACUGUCCAGUUCUGCAUCGCUUAGUGGAAAUGCCGGUGCAACAAAGGUGGGUCCGGCUUCUCAGCUGGGCAUAGACGGAGGCUCUUUCACCAUCACGAUGCAGCUUCUCAAGACGGAACAGGCAGCCGACGGCGUGAUCAUCUCUUCAGUGAAGGACUCGGAUUCCUCGCCGCCUGGGCUUCUUUUAGCAACGCGCGACGGCAGCCUGCAAUCCGUGGUCCUUGAGCAGAUCUGCCAGGCAGAAAGUCCUCUGCCCUCUGGACGAUGGGUGCAAGUGGCUUUAGUUUUCGAUGCGCAGCAUGGUUUGCAGCGCAUUUUCCAGGAUGGGAAGCUGGCAAAGAUGUGUCAGGUGUCCCGACUUCCUGCAACCAGACUUGGGAACGUGGACUUGUGGCUGGGCAAGGGCAAUGUCGAUCAGAACGGUUGGCUUGGCCAGAUGAAAGACCUACAGGUAUUCUCGCACAGCGAAUGUGCAGUCAACCUCCAGGAACUUGCUGGUGGCAUUCGACCUAAGGAGAGGCCUGUCGUGGACCUGUCGGAUUUCGAGGAAUCCUUCAAUUCCCUAGAUGCUGACCGAAACGGACGCAUCAGUGCGGAUGAAUACAUGAAUGGGCUCGGCGCCGUCAGCCUCUCUGUGGCAGCGAAGAAACAUCCUCAGGGAGGCCUUUUGCCAGCGCCUGCGCCGAGCAGUCAGCUUGGUGUCCCGAAGCUUCAGGCACCCAAGGCGACCCCAUCUCCCAGACAGGUGUCACCAACACAGCAUCCUGCCGAAAAUUUGUGGGUGCCGGGUCCUGCCAGUGCCUCGAACAUCAUGUUGGGCACUGCAGGAGCGCAUGACCAGAGUCCACCAGCAACGCCCAAGCCUCUACAACAGGUGCAGAGUCCAUCUGCGGCCCUCCCGCUCAGUCCUUUGAAUCGUGACCCUCCGCAAGCACCCUUCAAUCCGUUCUUGUCGGCGUCUUCACCUCUGCUAGCAUCCUCGACACAAGUCACGACCACGAACCUCCCCCAACCCCCGACAACACCAGAAGCCACUCCCAACCUUCUUGCCACACCCACUCAGCCUCCUCCACUUUCGACAGCCGAAGCUUCGCGCCCAAGUGCAACUGACAGUCCUCUCAAUCAGGAGGCUCCCAGCUCCUUUCAAUCCCUUUGCAAUGCUGACCACGGCAGCUGA